GCGCGACUUCCGGCGCCGCGCCCGCCCCGCCCCGCCUCUCGCGGGCCUGCGGCGUCGGGGGCGCGCGCGCGGCCGCACUCUCGGAUCCAGUUAGAAGCUGAGGUGCUCGCGGACCCCGCGGCCCGUCCGUGAGCCUAGAAAACAUGGCGACUACAGUUCGGGAAGACGGGGUCUGGAGGCAGACGAGAACGCUGCUCCUCAAGAAUUACCUGGUGAAAUGCAGGACCAAGAAGAGCAGUGCUCAGGAAAUUCUUUUUCCACUGUUUUUUUUGUUUUGGUUAAUAUUAAUUAGCAUGAUGCAUCCAAAUAAGAAAUAUGAAGAAGUGCCUGAUGUAGAACUCAGUGCCCUGGACGCGUCCGUCCUCACCAAUGUCGUGCUUGGAUUCACGCCCGCGACUAACAUCACGAGGAGCAUCAUGCAGAAAGUGUCUGUGGAUCACCUUCUUGACGUCGUAACUAUUGAAGAAUAUGCAGAUGAAAAAGAAUUGGUAACAUCUAGUCUUUCCAAGUCUGACACCUUUGUAGGCGUUGUGUUCAAAGACUUCAUGUCCUACGAGCUCCGGUUUUUUCCUGAUACAAUUCCAGUAUCUUCUGUUUAUAUGGAUUCAAGAGCUGGCUGUUCCCCAUCAUGUGACGCCGUCCAGUUCUGGUCCUCAGGGUUCACGGUUCUGCAGGCCUCGAUAGACGCAGCCAUCAUACAGAUGAAGACCAAUGUUUCUUUUUGGAAAGAGCUGGAGUCAACUAAAGCUGUUCUUAUGGGAGAAACGGCUGUUGUAGAAAUAGACACCUUUCCCCGAGGAGUAAUUUUAAUAUACCUAGUUAUAGCAUUUUCACCUUUUGGAUACUUUUUGGCAAUUCAUAUCGUAGCAGAAAAAGAGAAGAAGUUAAAAGAGUUUUUAAAGAUAAUGGGACUUCAUGACACGGCCUUUUGGCUUUCCUGGGUUCUUCUCUACACAAGUUUGAUUUUUCUCAUGUCCCUUCUCAUGGCAGUCAUCGCAACAGCGUCUUCCUUAUUCCCUCAGAGUAGCUGCUUUGUGAUAUUUCUCCUUUUUUUCCUCUAUGGCUUAUCAUCUGUAUUUUUUGCUUUAAUGCUGACGCCUCUUUUUAAAAAAUCAAAGCAUGUGGGAAUAGUUGAAUUUUUAGUCACGGUGGCUUUUGGAUUUGUUGGCCUCUUGAUAGUCCUCAUGGAAAGUUUCCCCCCAUCGUUAGUGUGGCUCCUCAGUCCCUUCUGUCAGUGCACUUUCCUGAUUGGCAUCGCACAGGUCAUGCAUUUAGAAGACGUUGAUGAAGGUGCUUUAGUUUCUAAUUUGGCUGAAGGCCCGUGUCCUCUAAUCAUUGCUAUUAUGAUGCUGAUUCUUAACAGCAUUUUCUACGCCCUCUUGGCUGUUUAUCUUGAUCAAGUUGUUCCAGGAGAAUUUGGCUUACGGAGAUCAUCAUUUUAUUUUCUGAAGCCAUCAUAUUGGUCGAAGAGCAAAAGGAAUUAUAAGGAGUUAUCAGAGGGCAACGUGAAUGGGAAUGUUAGUUUUAGUGAAAUUGUUGAGCCUGUUUCUUCAGAAUUUAUAGGAAAAGAAGCCAUCAGAAUCAGUGGUAUUCAGAAGACCCACAGAAAGAAAGGUGAAAAUGUAGAGGCUUUGAGAAGUUUAUCGUUUGACAUAUACGAGGGCCAGAUCACUGCCCUGCUUGGCCACAGCGGAACAGGAAAGAGCACCCUGAUGAAUAUUCUGUGCGGGCUGUGCCCGCCCUCGGAGGGGUUCGCAUCCAUAUAUGGACACAGAGUCUCAGAAAUAGAUGAAAUGUUUGAAGCCAGGAAAAUGAUCGGCAUUUGUCCACAGCUAGACAUACACUUUGAUGUCCUGACGGUAGAGGAAAACUUGUCCAUUUUGGCAUCAAUCAAAGGAAUACCAGCCAAUGAUGUCAUACAGGAAGUGCAGAGAGUCUUACUGGAUUUAGACAUGCAGGCUAUCAAGGAUAAUCAGGCUAAAAAGUUAAGUGGUGGCCAAAAAAGAAAACUGUCUUUAGGAAUCGCUAUUCUCGGGAACCCAAAGGUGCUGCUGUUGGACGAGCCAACAGCUGGAAUGGACCCGUGUUCUCGUCACAUUGUCUGGAAUCUUCUGAAACACAGAAAAGCGGACCGGGUGACAGUGCUUAGCACUCACUUCAUGGAUGAAGCCGACAUUCUUGCUGAUAGGAAGGCUGUCAUAUCACAAGGAAUGUUAAAAUGUGUUGGUUCUUCAAUUUUUCUCAAAAGCAAAUGGGGAAUUGGCUACCGGCUGAGCAUGUACAUAGACAGAUACUGUGCCACAGAAUCUCUUUCUUCUCUGGUUAAACAACAUAUACCUGCGGCCACUUUGUUGCAACAGAAUGAGCAGCAACUUGUGUACAGCUUGCCUUUCAAGGACAUGGACAAAUUUUCAGGCUUAUUUUCUGCUCUAGACAGUCAUUCAAACUUAGGUGUUAUUUCUUAUGGUGUCUCCAUGACGACUUUGGAAGAUGUAUUCUUAAAGCUAGAAGUUGAAGCGGAAAUUGACCAAGCAGAUUACAGCGUGUUUUCUCAGCAGCCGCAAGAGGAAGAGUUGGAUUCAAAAUCCUUCGACGAGAUGGAGCAGAGCUUGCUUAUUCUCUCCGAAAGUAAGGCUGCUCUGGUGAGCGCCAAGGGCCUCUGGAGGCAGCAGGUGUUCACCAUCGCCAGGUUUCACUUCCUCAACUUGAGACGUGAAAGCAAGUCCCUGAGAUCUGUGUUGCUUCUACUUUUAAUAUUUUUCACAGUUCAGAUUUUCAUGUUUUUGGUACAUCACUCUUUGAAAAAUGCUGUGGUUCCCAUCAGACUUGUUCCAGACUUAUACUUCCUCAAACCCGGAGAUCAACCCGAUAAAUACAGAACCAGUCUGCUCCUUCAGAACUCCACUGACUCGGAUAUCAGUGACCUUCUUAGCUUUUUCACAAAUCAGAACAUAAUGGUGACGAUGUUUAAUGACACUGACUACAUGUCCGCCGCUCCCCACAGCGCAGCUCUGAACGUGGUGCGGUCAGAAAGGGACUAUGUUUUUACUGCUGUUUUCAACAGUUCUAUGGUUUACUCUUUACCCGUGUUGAUGAAUAUCAUUAGUAACUACUAUCUUUACCAUUCAAACGUCACUGAAAGCAUCCAGGUCUGGAAUACCCCAUUCUUUCAGGAAAUCACAGACAUCGUUUUCAAAAUCGAGCUGUACUUCCAAGCAGCUUUACUUGGGGUUAUUGUUACCGCAAUGCCUCCUUACUUCGCCAUGGAAAAUGCAGAGAAUCACAAGAUCAAAGCUUAUACUCAGCUUAAACUCUCAGGUCUCUUGCCUUCUGCAUAUUGGCUCGGACAGGCUAUUGUUGACAUCCCCUUAUUUUUUGUGGUCCUUACUUUGAUGAUAGGCAGUUUGUUUGCAUUUCAUUAUGGAUUAUAUUUUUAUGCUGUCAAGUUCCUUUCUGUGGUUUUUUGUCUUAUCGGUUAUGUUCCAUCAGUUGUUCUGUUUACCUACAUUACGUCUUUCACCUUUAAAAAAAUUGUAAAUACCAAAGAAUUUUGGUCAUUUAUCUAUUCUGUGACAGCGUUGGCUUGCAUUGCAGUCACCGAAAUAACUUACUUCAUGGGAAACACAGCUACAGUUAUUCUUCAUUAUAUCUUUUGCAUUACCAUUCCAAUCUAUCCGCUUCUAGGUUGCCUGAUUAGUUUCAUAAAGAUUACUUGGAAGAAUCUUCAGAGAAAUGAGGACACCUACGACCCGUGGGAUAGCCUUCUGGUGGCUGUUAUAUCGCCGUACCUGCACUGUGUGCUGUGGGUCUUUCUCCUGCAGUACUACGAGAAAAAAUAUGGUGGCAGAUCGUUAAGGAAGGAUCCCUUUUUCAGGACUCUUUCGACAAAGUCCAAACACAGAAAGUUUUCAGAACCACCCAACAAUGAGGAUGAAGAUGAAGAUGUCAAAGCUGAAAGGCUGAAGGUCAAAGAGCUGAUGAGCUGUCAGUGUUGUGAGGAGAAACCAGCCAUUAUGGUCAAUAAUCUGCAUAAAGAAUAUGAAGACAAGAAAGAUUUUCUUCCUACAAGAAAAGUAAAGAAAGUGGCAAAUAAAUAUGUCUCCUUCUGUGUGAAAAAAGGAGAGAUCUUGGGACUGUUGGGUCCAAAUGGCGCAGGCAAAAGCACGAUUAUUAAUAUCCUGGUUGGUGACAUUGAGCCAACUUCAGGCCAGGUCUUCCUAGGCGACUACUCUCCACACCCAGCUGAAGAUGACGACUCUGUGAGGUGUAUGGGCUACUGUCCCCAGAUCAACCCCCUGUGGCGAGACAUCACCCUGCAGGAGCACCUCCAGAUCUACGGAGCUGUGAAAGGGAUGAGAGCCAGUGACGUGCAGGAGGUCACGGAUCGAAUAACAAAUGCACUUGAUCUAAAAGAACACCUGCAGAAAACGGUGAAGAAACUUCCUGCAGGAAUCAGGCGCAAGCUGUGCUUCGCCCUGAGCAUGCUGGGGAACCCCCCGGUCACGCUGCUGGACGAGCCAUCCACAGGCAUGGAUCCCAAAGCCAAGCAGCACAUGUGGAGAGCGAUUAGAACCGCAUUCAAAAACAGGAAGCGGGCCGCUAUCCUGACCACUCACUACAUGGAGGAGGCGGAGGCCGUCUGCGACCGAGUGGCCAUCAUGGUGUCUGGGCGGCUGAGGUGUAUUGGGACAGUCCAGCAUCUGAAGAGUAAAUAUGGAAAAGGAUACUUUUUGGAAAUCAAAUUAAAGGAUUGGAUAGAAGACCUGGAAGUAGACCGUCUUCAAAGAGAAAUUCAGUGUAUUUUCCCAAACGCAAGCCGUCAGGAAAGUUUUUCUACUAUUCUGGCUUAUAAAGUUCCUAAGGAAGACGUUCAGUCCCUUUCACAGUCUUUUUCUAAGCUGGAAGAAGCUAAACAUACAUUCGCUAUUGAAGAGUACAGCUUUUCUCAAGCAACGUUGGAACAGGUUUUUGUGGAACUCACGAAAGCGCAGGAGGAGGAAGACAACACGUGUGGCACCUUGAGCAGCGCGCUCUGGUGGGAAAGGGCGCAGGAGGACAGAGUCGUGUUUUGAAUUCAUGCUGCUCACCCCGCUUCCCGCAUUUCUUUCGUUUACGAUUUAGUUUUUGGUUUAACAGUUUAUUGCUUGAACAAUAGUCGAAGAGCCGAGAGAGCACUUGGGGUUUCCCUCACUCCCUUGAUGCCAUCAGCUGUGUGUUUCGCUUUUCUUCAAAUAAACUUGCGUGCAGCCACGUGAGCCUGCGCGUUGGCGUCUGCA